UGCAGCCUCUUAGCAGGCCAGAAAGGCCAUCCACGCAUCAUCCCCAGAGAUACCCGGGAGCCAAGGAACCUGGAUCUGACUGAUGAUGUCCGUCCUGGACAGCUUCCUUCUGGUCCUGCCCACCUCCCCAGCCCACUCGUCACAUGGGGGGGCCAGGGGCAGGGCUAAGGCCAGGCCCGCGGGGUGAGAAGCAGGGGCGGGGAGCCGGAGCGCUCCCUCCAGGCGGUGCCCUGAAGAAGGAUCCUCAGGCAGCGGAGACAGAGGUGUCCUGCUCCCCGCUCUACCAGAUGCUGAUCUCCUGUUACUGGAAAACAGGAAUUAGCUUGUCUGCUUGAGGAUGUGGUUGGUUCUUUAUAAAAAGGAUAUACAAGAAAUUUGCGUGUAGACGGCCAGCUUCAUUAUGCUGCCAACGGCUUCCAGCAGAAGAAGAGCAUUUGCAGCCAGCUAUUUCACCCGCUCCAAGAGCCUGGUGAUGGGGGAGCAGAGCCGGAGCCCCGGGCGGCCGCCCUGCCCCCGCAGGCUAGGCCCUGUGGUGAAGGCUGGCUGGCUGAAGAAGCAGAGAAGCAUCAUGAAGAACUGGCAGCAGCGCUGGUUUGUGCUGCGUGGAGAUCAGCUUUUCUACUACAAGGACAAAGAUGAGACCAAGCCCCAGGGAUUUAUUUCUCUACAAGGGACCCAGGUGACUGAACUUCUUCCUGGCCCCGAGGACCUGGGGAAGCACCUGUUUGAGAUCAGUCCAGGUGGUGCCGGGGAGCGGGAGAAGGUGCCGACCAACCCCGAGGCGCUCCUGCUCAUGGCCAGCUCCCAGCGGGACAUGGAGGACUGGGUACAGGCCAUCCGCCGGGUCAUCUGGGCCCCACUUGGUGGAGGUACUGCCCGUAGCUCGCAUGCUCACCCUCUAGAACCCUUGCCUCCAGGGAUCUUUGGGCAGCGCUUAGAGGACACAGUCCACCAUGAGCGGAAGUACGGCCCCCGCCUGGCCCCCCUGCUGGUGGAACAAUGUGUGGACUUCAUUCGGGAACGCGGGCUCACUGAGGAAGGGCUCUUCCGCAUGCCAGGCCAGGCCAACCUGGUGAGGGACCUGCAGGAUUCCUUCGACUGUGGGGAGAAGCCACUAUUUGACAGCACAACAGACGUGCACACAGUGGCCUCCCUGCUGAAGCUCUACCUACGGGAGCUCCCCGAGCCUGUGGUGCCCUUCGCCAGGUACGAGGACUUCCUCAGCUGCGCCCAGCUGCUCACCAAAGACGAGGGGGAGGGAACUCUGGAGUUGACGAAACAAGUGAGCAGCCUUCCCCUGGCCAAUUACAAUUUGCUCAGAUAUAUCUGCAAAUUUCUGGAUGAAGUUCAGUCCCACUCAAAUGUCAACAAGAUGAGUGUCCAGAACCUGGCAACUGUUUUUGGACCUAACAUACUUCGGCCACAGAUAGAAGACCCAGUGACCAUCAUGGAAGGCACUUCCCUGGUGCAGCACCUGAUGACCAUCCUGAUCCGCAAGCAUAGCCAGCUGUUCACUGCAAGGCCCACCGAAGGGCCGGCUUCCCCACGAGGAGCCCCAUCAUGCACCGUGGGAUGGGACUCUGAGGAGGUCACGAGGGACAGCCAGGCAGCGCCUGGCAGCCCCAGCACCCCAGGUCUGCCCUCACAUAGGACCUCCUCUCUGGACGGGGCCACGGUGGCGGCGCUCGCUAGGACCUCUCCCUCAGGCCUGGGUGGCCGAAGCAGCCCUGCCACUGCUAGUCCUGGGAAGAAGGUGCAGACUCUGCCCAACUGGAAGUCUUCCUUCCGGCAGUCAGGGUCCCGGUCUGGGAGCCCUAAGGUGGGCAGCUCAUCCCUAGAGGUGCCCAUCAUCUCUUCUGGCGGGAACUGGCUCAUGAAUGGGCUGUCUUCCCUGCGUGGCCACCGUCGGGCCUCCUCUGGAGAUCGGCUCAAGGACUCGGGCUCUGUGCAAAGACUUUCCACCUACGACAAUGUGCCCCCCUGUGGCCUCUUCCCCAGCACUCCCAGUGUGGCCAGCAUUGGGUGGUCCGGCGCCUCAUCCUGUGAUCCCUCGAUGGGGGGCUCAGUCAGCAGCUGCACUGCCUGCCGCGCCAGUGACUCAUCAGCCUGCAGCUCCUUGCACACUGAGGGACCCCUUGAGACCUCCCCUUUCCCCAGUAGCAGUGAUGACCGCAGAUCCCCAGACUUGGGCCACAGCCUCGAUGAGGUGGGCACCUGCAUCAGCAGCAGUGAGCCCAGUGACCCAGGCAGCCCUCGUCAGGACCAUGCCCGCCACUCUGAGACUCUUCAUAGCCUGGUCACGGAGCUCAGGGCAGAGCUGUGUCGGCAGAGGACUGAAUACCAGACGAGUGUGAAAAGACUCGAAGAAAGUAGUGCUGACCUGAGGAAACAAAAGUCACAGUUAGAAGAAGAACUGGACCAGGAGAAGAAAAAGUACACGAUGUUGGAAAUAAAGCUGAGGAACUCAGAGCGGGCGCGGGAAGACGCAGAGAAAAGGAACGAGCUGCUACAGAAGGAAAUGGAGGAGUUUUUUUCAACUCUGGGGAACCUGACUGCUGGAGCAAAAGGUGCCAGGGCCCCAAAGUAAAGGAAUGGGAAGAGCUUGCUUCGGCUGAGUCGCUUGCCCUCCCUUCAGCAGAGAUGGCCACCUGCCACCUGAGGAGCCAGAAGCCCCGGCAGCCUCAGUGGUGACAGGUUCUCCAGAGCCAGCUGGAGAGAGAUAUCCUGACACCCCAGGGAACUUCCAGGAGCCCUCACCCCACACGGGACCUCAUUCUGUUCCAACCAUGCCUGGUCUGGUGUCAGAGGGGAUAGAUAGUCCAGUGCCCACCAAAACAGAUGGACCUGGGAUCCCCAUAGCACACCAGGAACAUUCUGCGUUCUUUAUUAAAUUUGCUCUGGAAGCAUGAUGCCUGAUGACUGACUCCUUUAUGGUCAUGUGAAACGGGGGUUACCAAGUGACCUCUACUAUUUCUUGCAGACUUGAAAGUGCCCAAGUUAUCCCCAUGGGUGGAAUGGUGUGGGCCCUUCAGAAGCAGAGUGUCAAACACCCUGAGUGCCGCCCAGCAUUGUCAUGGCCACUGAAACAAGAUUUAUGCAAAUCUGUGUUUCAUUAUUCCUGUACUCAAGGAAGGACAAUUUUUCUCACUCCUUUCUCCCUCUAGCCACUGGGCCAGAUGGGCCUCUGCAGAUGGUUUUCAGUCUGCUACCAUAAUCUGCUUUCUUGUACUUUGCCCAGUUCUGCUCCAGAGCGUCAGAGUUUAGCCUGGGUGUUGUACUCUAUGCUUCUGAACCAUUGGUCUGCACAGGGAGACAAGGCAUGUUUCUGAAGGAGAGGUGGUCCAAGGAUAUGGGACGUGCCACUCUCUGUCCUCUGAGUACCUAUGCCUCAGGCUUUGCCCAUCUUCCUUCCAGUCUUCUCUUGAGCUACUGCUCCUCCUCCUCCCUUCCAUAUCCACUCACCUUCCUCCUUCAAUUCAUCCUUAGACUUCAAGACUCCAUUAGAACAGGAUCCCUUUGGUACCUUAGAGGGCAACAAAGAGAUGGCCAUGGCCUCUGAGCAGAGAGGACUGACCUCUGGGGCACAGGAAAUGCCAGGUCCAGUGUCCCUUCACCUGCUGCUGCUCAUGGCAUUCUUAUAGAUUACAAAAGUGCCCUAAUUUCUGACCACUGUGUCCAAAAGUCAUUCAGACCUACACACCAUAGAAUUAAGUAUAAUCUACUGUGCCAAUGUGUUUCUAGGAAGAGCUGGAUCCACACCAUGAAGUGCAAAGCCACAGGCCCAAGCUGGCUGAGAAAACCUCUGUGGGGAGGCAGGCUGACCACUGGUCACCUGCCAGCCACUGAUGGCCUCAUCAACCAGGAAGCCAGAUGCCUGAGGGCCCCAGCAGCAUCAACUCUUAAAGCUCUAUUGGGGAACUCUGAAGGGGAGGGGGCAGUCAGUGGAAAUAACACAUGCAUUGGUUCUCAGAUUCCCUAUCAUCACAACAGGCAACCUAGGUGAUAAGCUUUACCUGGAGGUGAAAUUUUGCAUUCACCUCUAAGUUAAGGAAAAUGAGAAAAGUGAAGUGACUGGUUCAUCAAAACAACUCAGUGAUAGGAAUAGGUUCCAUGCUCCCCAUUCAGAAGGGAAACUAAGACUUAGAGAAGAAAGGCAGGAACACCAGUGCAAUCCUAUGAGCUCAAGUUCCUGUGCCACAUUCCAGAAUUCUACUUUGACCUAGAAAGAUACCACCAGGCUACCAAAGGAGCAGAAAAGACCAAAGAGAGUUCACAUAACUAAAGAGAAGUUGUCUGUCUUUUUAUCCACUAAUGUUGGCAAAGGUUCAGCUUCUAGACAAGUCCUUGGCCAAACUAACUCAUGAGCCACAUCUGCCACCUGCUGGCAGAACUCAAUGUGCAAGUGUACAUUUUCUCUAAAAAUUAUUUGGCAAUAUUCAGUAGAAAUUCCUUCAGUUUCCAUUUCACAAGUACUGUCCAUUCUGUCAAAAAAACCUAUUGACUUCUGCCUUUAAAGCACACUGAGCAAUGAGACUAACAGGUCCCCUGUCCCAUCCUCUUUGGUCCCCAUCUACUUUGGUUCUCUCCAGUUGAGGAUAUAUUUACAAAACCUAUUCCCAAACCUGUGGGUUCAAGCUGAACUUAUUAUUGUAAUGACAACAUUAUACUAAGUAAGCCAAUGAAAUAGGCCUGAGAAAAUAUGACUAAAUAUUUUUUUAAACUUAACAAUGAUUUAGUUCGAUCAGUAAGACACUGUUUUAAAAUAUUGUCACACAGGGGCCUCCCUGGUGGUGCAAGGGGUUAAGAUACAACCUAUGAAACAAUCCGCAGCCACUGCAGCACAAGUUCGAUCUCCGGCCAGGGAGCUACCCACAUGGUGCAGCAGACCUCUCCUGACACGCUUGCUGCUCCCCUCAGCAGUAUAUUUCAGUCAGUCUACCUGUUCUGUUCCCCACUCUGUCUCUGGUAAAUCUCACCCGCACACCUCUGGCCUGUACCCCAGUUCUUGUAUGCAUAAAUAAAUAAAUCUUAAAAAAAUAAAAUAUUGUCACAUUAAAUAUAGAUAAAUCAAC